AUGAGUGACCUCGAGAAGAGCUCGGUGAAAGCCCCAUCGCAUGAUGAUCAUGGUGUGCACAGUCACUCAGCCGACGGGCUCCGUAACUUGCCUCCUGAUCCCGAUGCCCAUCUGAGUGCUGAGGAAAAGGCCAAAAUUGACCGCAAGCUGUUAUGGAAACUGGAUUUAACACUCAUACCUUGGCUCUGCAUUCUCUACCUACUUGCGUUUCUUGAUCGUACGAAUAUCGGAAAUGCGAAGGUUGCCCAUCUUGAUAAGGAUCUUGGUCUCACAACCUCAAGUUACAACGCAACUUUGACCAUAUUUUUCGUUUCCUACGCUGUCUUUGAACCUCUCACCAACAUCUUACUCAAGCGACUACGACCGUCGGUUUUUAUCCCUAUCAUCAUGAUCCUUUGGGGAGCUUCGAUGCUGGGAAUGGGGUUUGUAUACAACUGGUCUGGCCUGAUGGCGGCUCGCUGGUUCUUGGGGUUGACUGAAGCUGGACUAUUUCCUGGUAUCAAUUAUUACCUCUCCUGCUGGUAUAAACGAUCGGAGUUUGGCGUCCGUGCGGCCAUAUUUUUCUCAGCCGCCGCAAUUUCCGGCUCGUUUGGAGGACUACUGGCCGCAGCUAUCGAGAAAAUGGCCGGAGUUGCUAACAAGCCCGGAUGGGCAUGGAUCUUUAUCUUAGAAGGGCUCCUAACCAUCCUAUUUGGUAUUGCCUCGUUCUGGAUGGUGCAUGACUUCCCUGAUGACGCACGCUUCCUAUCCGAUGAUGACCGAGCGCGCAUAGUGCGGCGACUUAAGUUGGACCAACAGGCUUCGGCUCAGCACGAAGAUUUCAAGAUGACUUUUCUGUGGGAAAGUCUCAAAGACUGGAAAAUGUGGCUCGGUAUGGCGAUAUACAUGGGCUGCGAUAUGCCAUUAUACGCAUUUUCUCUUUUUCUUCCGAGCAUUAUCUCAGCUUCGGGCUGGAGUGGUGGAAGUGUGAUUCAGUCUCAGUUGUUGAGCGUUCCGCCAUACGUCGGAGGCGCUCUUCUUACAGUGGCUAUUGGCUUCAUUGCGGAUCGAACUCGCCAGCGCGGUUUAUGCAAUAUCAUCGUCAGUGCUAUAGGCAUAGCUGGGUUCGCGAUGCUCAUCGGAUCCCGUUCUCCUGCUGUUCAAUAUGCGGGUACUUUUCUUGGGGCUCUUGGGAUCUACCCAUGUAUUGCAAACACCAUAACCUGGAUGGCAAAUAACACGGAAGGUGUCUACAAGCGCGGUGUGGUUCUUGGUUUCGUUAUUGGCUGGGGCAACCUCAACGGUGUGGUCAGCAGCAACAUUUACUUCAGCUCCCCACACUACUACGAGGGACACGGUGUUGUUCUAGCAUACAUGGCUAUUUUCCUCCUCGGCGGCAGCCUGCUCAUGACAACACUUCUACGGAUCGAGAACAAGAAGCGUCGCCAAGGAAAGCGGGAUUACCUAAUCGAAGGCAAGACGCAUGCGGAGAUCGAGGCUCUUGGAGAUAAGCGUCCAGACUUCUUCUACACUCUCUAG